AUGAAGUACAUGCUGCUCGUGAUUCUAGCUGCAACUCAAUUAGUAACUUCAAAUGCUUGGUCUUGGCCUGGAAUGUCAAAAGAGUUUUGCCUAAGCGUUCCGAAUAGAACACUUUCGAAGUGCGAUCCACCCCGCAACCUCGUCCGAUACCAUUAUGACAAAGAUACGAAGAAGUGUAAAGAAUUCAGCAUUACCAACUGCUAUGAAAGCGGCGACAAGUUCUUUCCUUCCAUGGGAGACUGCAUCGAAUAUUGCCGGCCAAAUCAAACACGAGGUAGAUGCUGGCAAGAAUAUAACCCCGGAUCGGGGCGUGAAAAUCUGACUCGAUGGUACUAUAAUAAUGCGACAAACCAAUGUGCACAAUUUGUUUAUAAAGGAAAUAAUGGAAACGGAAAUAAUUUUCAAUACAGAGACCAGUGCAUUGACUAUUGCAGGUACCCAACAAUGUAUUUUAAACAAAACAAGGAACAAAUCAAGGAUUUAAUAAUCGCUUAUAAAAAACGAAAGGAGGAAGAGAAAAAGAAGAAAGCCUAA